AUGCCAUACUUACUCAUCUCUACCCAAAUUCGAUUGGAAUGUGGUCCAACUUUCGUAGGCGAUGGAGCUUCAGAUCCCACUUUGAUGGAGAAGCUUGAAGCUUCCCCAACUAAGCAGUUGGGAAAUGAGUACAUGGAAUACGUAACUCAGCUCCCACCUCGUAUCGUUUUGAACCGUUUGGAGAGCGAUGGAUGGAAAGUUGUUCAAAAUGCUACGCUUAUCAAAAUAGCUGCUGGCACAUUUCUAGCCGGCUCCACGGGUCUUUACUUAGCUCAAAAACAUGUUCAAAAAAAAGUUAGGAGUCUUCCACAUUAUUCUGAAAGUCUUCGUAUCGUGAGCGAGCACGAAACAGCCCUGUCGGCUAUCGGAGCUCCUAUUAAAGUGGGAGCAGUAGAUCUUGCGGAUAAUCGACAUAAUUAUGUAGGAAAGUUGAAGAGUCAGUUGAGAAUCCCAAUCACAGGAUCUCUUGAUUGUGGCCACAUGGAUGUGAUGGCUGUUAGAACCUCCGAACAGAGCCCAUUCUAUACAGCGAAAAUUCGGCUUGAUCUACAGAACGGCAUCGUGACCAUUUACGAUACAAAAGACUGGAAGGAUGUUGACGAUAGUUUAGCUUCAGAUUGA